AUUUGGAGCCGCAGAGUCCACUCUAACGCUUACCUGCAGGGUGGCCGAUCUUCAAUGCUCCCAUUCCCGAGUCGUUUUAGUAAUUUUCAAUCGAGAAACACCGCAUUAACCUGAACUUAUCGUAUUGCACUUUCCUAAUGCAAAGCAGAUGUGUGUGAAUUGUGAUUCUGUCCUUGACUGACGGAAUCAUGGCUGGCGUCGUCCCUAAGGUUGCCGUCAUUGGAAGUGGAAUUUCGGGAGCUGUUUGUGCAUCUACUCUAGCCAGGAAUGGGCUCUCAGUCACUAUCAUCGACUCCGCUAGAGGUCCUGGCGGCCGAAUGUCUCAGAGAAGAGAAACCACUGUUGAUGGAAGAGAGCUGUUAUUCGACCACGGUGCUCCUUACUUCACUGCCAGCAAUGUUGACGUGUUGGGCCUUAUCCAUGAUUGGGAAUCUAGAGGUCUUGUUGCAGAGUGGAAAGAGAAUUUUGGAUCCUUCGAUUUCGGCUCCAAACAAUUUGGGAACAUUGAGAAGGAAGGACCAAUCAAGAAAUAUGUGGGUGUCCCAGGAAUGAAUUCUAUUUGCAGGGCAUUAUGCAAUGAACCAGGAGUGGAUAGAAAGUUUGGGGUUGGUGUUGGGAGGCUGGAGUGGUUGGAUGAUGAGAAUUCAUGGUCGUUGACAGGUUCAGAUGGACAAUAUCUUGGUCAUUUUAAGGGUGUGGUUGCAUCUGACAAAAAUAUAGUUUCACCCAGGUUUACUAAUGUAACUGGACGACCACCUCCUCUUGAUUUAAGUUUGGUUCCAGAGUUGGCCAUGAAGGUGAAAGAAAUCCCUGUUAAUCCAUGCUUUGCUCUUAUGCUGGCAUUUGAAGAACCUUUAUCUUUGAUACCAAUAAAAGGCUUCUCCUUCAACAAUUCUGAGGUUUUAAGCUGGGCAUUUUGCAACAGUAGCAAACCGGAGCGGUCUACCAUUAGUGAACAAUGGGUGUUGCAUUCAACAGACAAGUAUGCCAAGGGUGUAAUUGCUCAAUUGGGACUUCAAAAGCCUUCAAAUGCAGCAUUGGCUAAUGUGGCUGAUGAGUUACUUCAAGAGUUCCAGGCCACAGGCCUCGACAUUUCUCAUCCAUUUUUCAAGAAAGCUCAUAGGUGGGGUAGUGCUUUUCCAGCCGCAAGCAUCGUGGGAGAGGAGAAAUGCCUCUGGGAUGGGAGGAAGAGACUGGCCAUUUGUGGAGACUUUUGUGUUAGUCCUAAUGUUGAAGGUGCCAUACUUAGUGGCAUGGCCGCAGCCUCAAAAUUUAGUGAAAUCUUUAGCGGCUUAUAGCUAAACAUUAUCAGGGAGGUCUAGCUCUGGGAUAAUGUUGGAAUACCUUAUCCGGGAUGCAGCCAUAGAGGAAGUGCCACGUGUAACUGGUAAUCACCAAUGCUUGGUUAUAACUGCUACUAGUAUCAAGGAAUUUGGUAAGCCAGAGAGACCAGACCCCCGUACAGUUCUUGAAGGCAACAAACAGGAGCAGGAGAGAGAGAGAGAGAGAGAGAGAGAGAGAGAGAGAGAGAGAGAUUAGAAUGGCUAUGGCAGCUUCAGUAGUGAUGACCUCACUGACCCUCAAACCUUCUUUUUCUGCAUUCACAGCUAAGAAAACAGCAGCUGUGCGAGGCCUUCCCUCUCUCCCUAGAACUUCCCGUUUGAGGGUUGUGGCCAGUGCUAAAAAAAAGAUCAAGACUGACAAGCCUUAUGGUUAGUCUCUGUGUGUGUGUGUGUGUGUGUGUGUGUGUGUGUGUGGUAUAUAUGAGCAGUAUAAUUAUGGUCUGACAAACUUUAUCAUACAGCAUGGAUUUUUAUGGAUAACCCACAACUCCGUUAGUACUUAGUGCUACUUUAUGGCUGUUAUGGAUUAAGGAUUUGUGGGGGGUGCCAAGGUAAGAAAAGAAGAGUGGGAUGGGAAUACUAAACUUAUUCUUUAGUUCUCCAAUUAUUUUUGUCUACUUGACAAAUACCUCUACAAAUUCAGAUAACACAACCUUAUUAAUGUCUUGGGGGAAAAUAGAACACUGAGAGAGA